AAACUCGUUCGAGCAAUCUAUAGACUAGCUCGUAUAAUGAGAUACUCAUAUAUAGAAGAAAUUUUAUUGUUGAAUUAACAAAAAAUUUAAUAAUAAUCUUCAAAAGAAAAAAAAAGAAAACAAAGUUUUGAAUAUAUAUUUCUUUUUACAGAUUGAUAGAAAAUUAAUUCGUCUAUUUGCUGAACAAAUUUUUCGUACUGGUUUUGUACAUGCUGAUCCACAUGCUGGUAAUGUUCAUGUUAGAAUAAAUCAAAAAAUUAAAUCAAAAAAUUUUCCGGAAGCACAAAUUAUUCUUUUGGAUCAUGGUCUUUAUGAUAGUUUAUUAAGUGAAGAACGUAAAAUUUUUUGUGAUCUAUGGAUGGCAACAAUAAAUAAUGAUCAUAUACAAAUGAAACAAUCAGCAACAGCAUUAGGUGCACCAGAUAAAUAUUAUGAAUUAUUUUGUACAUUAGUUACAAUGAAACCAUUACCUGAUACAGAAGAAUAUAUUAUUCCAUUAUAUGCAAAUGAUUGGGAUCCAUUACCACGUGAAUUACAAAUGUAUGCAUUAAAAAGUGGAAAAUUUUUAAUGCCAACUGAAGAUGAAUAUAAUAAUGAAUUAACAGAUGAACAACGUCAAGAAUUACAAAAACAUUUUCGAAAAUUAAUGGAUAAAAAACGUAUUGCAUUAUUUCGUAUUCUUAAACAAAUGCCAAAAACAAUGUUUCUUUUAUUAAGAAAUCUUAAUGCUGUACGUCAUACAUUAAAAAUUCAUAAUGUUCCUGAUGUUGAUCGUACACGUAUAGUGACUGAAGUUUGUCAACAAGCAUUAAAAGAAUUUCAAACAAAAAAAAAGGAAAAUAUAAUUCUACUACAAUGA